CUCUUCUUCUCUGCCUUCCAGCAGCAGUGCCCCUUUCAGGGGUGGGACUUCUUUGCAUAGCCACGCCUAGAUACUCAAGUAAUCUAGUUGCAGCUUUGGGAGCUUCUGGGGGGCUGAGAAGUAGGCAUAACAUAAAAGAAAAGGAGAAUAGAUUUAGGCUGUUCUUGCUACACAUGGAUGUGAAAUUAGCCUGAGUGAUUGCAACGGAUUUCAUCUACUGUGAACGUGGCUAAAUAACUAUGGCCAGAAAAAAUAAAGUGAUUCAUCCAAGGUCAUAGGUUGAAACAAAUGUUAGGUAAGUUAACCCAUCAUCCCAGUUUGCCUUAAACUGUCCCAGUUUUAACAAUGAAAACCCCAUAUACUGGGAAAACCCCUUAGUUCUGGAUGAUUGGUUACCCUAUAGCCAGGAUUAAAAUGUCUAUCUCUCAAUUCUCAAACCUGUGCUAAAGAUACUGCCCUAUGUCAUCUUUAUUCUAAAAACUAUUAUCUGAAUAGUAUUCCUCCUUGUCUACACCUUAGUAUAUCAGGACAUUUCUUCAUGGUGGGUCAUCUUCCCCUAGGACAGAAGCAAUAACAUCUAGUGGACCUCAAAGGUACUCAAGACAGUUUUGGCAAAAGAGGGCCAUGUUUCAGCUUUCUUAUUCACAAAACAAUGACAAUAAUCUCUAUAUUGUUUACUUCACAUGGUUAUUGUGUGGAUCAAAUAAUAAAGGAUGUGAAACUGUUUUAUAAGCUGCUAAUAGCUAUUCACAUGUGAGAAAUUGUGGUUAUCCUUUACUCAUCCAGGCAGAAGCUAGCUCCUUGCUUUAUUCUCUUUCCAGGUCAGCAAGUGGUACAGCAACUAAUUCUGUGAACUUUGGUGAAUUUCUUGGCCUCUGUGCCUCUGUUUCCUUAUAUGCAAAUUGGGGCUAAUGAUAAUCUCUGAUGUGCUGGUGUAAAAUAUUGAAUGAAAUAUUAAAUGUAAAGUAUUUAAAAGAUUUCCUGGCACAUUAGCAUUAGCUAUUUUGGAUUGGCUUCCUCAACCCUGUAACUCAGGGCCAGAGACUAUGUUAAGAGGACCCAUAAAUCAAGUGAAAUGGAAGCCACUACUUACAUUUUGAUACCUUUUCACUAGCUCCCCAGUAUUUGUGUUAUGUACCCAUAGCCUUCCCACAAUGGAUUGCCAAGAAAAUGAGUACUGGGACCAAUGGGGACAGUGUGCCACCUGCCAGCUGUGUGGACCUGGACUAGAACUCUCCAAGGAUUGUGGUUAUGGAGAAGGUGGAGAUGCAUACUGCACAGUCUGCCCUCCCUGCAGAUACAAAAGCAGCUGGGGCCACCAUAGAUGUCAGACUUGCAUCACCUGUGCUGUCAUCAAUUGUAUCCAAAAAGCCAACUGCACAGCUACCUCUAAUGCCGUCUGUGGGGACUGUCUGCCUAGGUGAGACUGCUUUUCUACCAAAAGACGCAUUGGAGGACUGCAAGACCAAGAGUGUAUCCCAUGCACAAAACAGACACCCACCUAUGAGGUUCAGUGUGCCUUCCAGUUGAGCUUAAUGAAGGAAAAUGUACACACAGUGCCCCUUCAGGAGGCCACACUUGUUGCAAUGAUGAGCAGUCUUCUCAUGGUGUUUACCCUGGUCUUCCUGGGGCUCUUCUUCCUCUACUGCAAGCAGUUCUUCAACAGACAUUGCCAGCGUGUUGCAGGAGGUUCGCUGCAGUUUGAGGCUGACAAGGCAUCAGAGGAAGAAUCUCUCUUCACCAUGCCACCUGGCCAGGAAACUAGUCCUAAGUCCCCACUAGGUGAAAGCAUCUUUGAGAGCCAGCCACUUAACCCCAUCCUGGAUGACGACUGCAGUUCAACUUGUGGCUUCCCCACACAGGAGUCUUUUACCAUGGCUUCCUGUGCCUCAGAAAGCCACUCCCAUUGGCUCCACAUCCCCAUCGAAUGCACAGAACUAGACCUGCAAAUGUUUUCCAGCUCACCCUCCUGCACUGGAUCUGAGACAUUGGGGGGGAACACAGCUGAAAACUCUGAAGAUAGGCUGGAGUUCAAUAUGCCCCUUGAAGUCCCCAGUGAUUAACUCUACAGAGGUGAGCUCGAAGGUGGGACAGAAAGACCAGAAAUUGGGUACCGCCCUCAAGGAAUUUUCUUUACAGUACUGUUGUUCAGUAGGGCUAGGGGUAGAGGAACAGCAAGCUGGAAACACUAAAGGGGGCAACAGUGACUAUGCUAAUAUUUGGAGUCUGUCAGCCAAACAUCACAUUUCUGGGCCUACAGCUGUCAAGGUAGUAAGUAGCUUGGUUGAUAUGAUUGCCAGUCUUUCCAUCCUGGCCUUUUACAAGCUUUCUCAGGACCUCAAUAUCUAAUAGUAAUAUUCAAUUAUCUCUGCUCAUGUAUAAGCACCAUCAAACAGUGGGAAAAUAUGGAAACUUUGGCAUCUGGUAGUCCUGUGUUUCAAAUCUACCUCUAUUCCUUAAUAGCUAUGUGAACCUUGUGUAAAUCAAUUUACUUCUUUGAGCUCCAGGUUCUUAAACUGUAAAAAGUAGAAAGUACUACUCACCUCAUAAGUUUUUAUGAGGGUUGAGUAAUAAGUGUAUUUGAAGUGUUUUUUAUAGCAUCUAAUGUAUUAAAGAUGUUUAAACCAUGUUAUUUUUUUCCACCCCAGACAUAAUUUACACAACUUUCCAUAUUGACUACACUUGUCUUAUCUUCAUAACACCCUUUUGUUACCUUUGUGGUAAGCAGGUCAGGGUUUGUUAGCUUCAUUUUAUUGAGGCAGGAACUGAGACAGAGAGUGGAAGUGGUUUGCUGAAAGUUACACAGCAAAUCAGUGGCAGAACUAAGCUAGAGCCCCGUUUGGGGCCUCCAUUCCAGACUUUGUUUAACUUUAUCAAAGCAAUUAUUCCAUAGCCAAUAUUACUUUCUUAAAGGCUUAAGUAGCAUGAGGCAAUAUGAGGCAUCAGAGUGGAUAGAUUCCUACUUUUCAACUAACCAACUACUUUUAACACCCUUUUCCAUAUUUCUGCAGCUAAGAUAUUGUCUGGGCCUCUCAAUGAUUCUACCUCUCCUACAUAUACCUAAGAAAAUGUGAACAUGUAGGUGAAACCUAAUAUUGCUAUCAAACCAGUUAGCUCAGAUACCUUCCAGAUUAUCUAGUCCAAUUUCCCCUCCAAGUCUUCCAAUCCAUGUUUGAAGUCCUUUUGUAAUAUUUGUGUCACCUUUGCUCACAUACUUGCAAUGUCAGAGAGCUCACUACUGCCCAAUGUGUAUUGCAGCUGUGACUGGUAGAUUGGAGCUCAAUGUAAAGAAAAACCUCUGUCUCCCUGUAGUACCUACUCAUGGGUCCUGGCUCUGUUCCAUGGGCCACACAGACUUCAUCUACUUCCUCUGUCUUAUGACAGCCCUAUAAAGAUCUGAAGAAAGCAUCUUUUCUCUGGAAAAUAUCACUUUGGAUUUCUCUAAAGUAUGUGGGGCUUAAAACUGAACCCAGUUUCAUGAGGAGUGGUCUCACCCGUAUAGAAGAGGGUAGAACUAUCAUCAACCUAGCUAAGUGACAUAUUUCUGCUAUUGAAUCCUCAAUGAUUAACCUAAACUAUGUUUUUGUUUUUGUUUUUGUUUUCAGAGAUAAGGAGCUCAGAAAACUAUUGAGAUUGCCCCUACAGAUUUCUAACUUACUUUCCUCCCUCCUCCCUUUCCUCCCUCCUUGGGCUUCUGGCAACCUUGCCCAGUCAUUCUCUCUGGACUCUCCUGCUUUGUUCCUAUACCACAAUGGUAGCAGGGGCCUGGGAUGUGGUAUCCACAACAGCCAGUGCUCUAUGGAUGGGGAACAUCUUAUCCCAUCCCACCAAGGAUUGAUUCUUCACCAUUUCCCCAAGACUUACCUGCAGCAUUUCUUGCUUCCCUAUUCUAGCCAGCUUGGAGAGCCAGAUUAUUUGGCCAUGGAACAACCAGGCAUGUUCCUACCUCACUUAUUUAUAGAUAAAAAGGGAGGGGAUGCCAAUGAAUGGGGCAGAGUUUUACUCCUUGCAUAUUUGUCUGGCACACCUGAAGGAGAGGCCUCUUCUUCAGACAUUGAUAUGUCUAUCUAGCACUUUAGGGACAAAAUCAAAUCCUUCCCCUUUAGCUUCUUCACACUGCCCCCUUCUUAGUACACACACACACACACACACACACACACACACCUCUAUAUGCAUCUUGGGGGAGGCCUGACACCUUGAUUCCCCAUUCAUCUCCUAGACUUCUGUGGCUGGGACAGCUCUGGAUCUAGCCCACUUACCAGGGUCUUCCUCCCCAUAUAUAGGGCUCUACCAUUCUUUAGCAGAGAUUCAACUCAAUGUCCUUUUGAUCUUUAAAAUGGUACUUCAUAAAGUUCAUUUUAUUUUUAUUUAAGUUCCUACUUUUGCCUCUUUUGUCCCUUCCUGGUGCUGGUCAUCUAAAAGCCCAAGGCUGAAUCUGUAGGUCCCAAGGGCCAAACUUACUUCAGAACUUUGGUCUUUGAGGUGACAGUAAAGUUGUUGAGGUUGGGGUGGAAGCACUGAGGGCCAAUGUUUCCCAUUGAGGUCUGACCUUAGGGAAGCUCAGGGACUAUUGGUGCUUUCUUGGUUUAGAGUAGAACAAAUCAAUUUCUGAGCACUCACCACCAGUUUCACCCGCUUCCCAGAAUAAGGUGGAACUUCACUCUCCAACACUGAUGGCACAGGACAAAUGAGAACCUCAGCGCUGAGAUGUGAGCAUCAUGGAUUAUUUUUAAGUUCCUCUUAUGUCUAUAAAGGGCCACUUGAUCUGAUGUACACUCCCCCACAGUAGAUCAGAUUUGGAAGAAAAAAAAAGUUCCCAGAUGAGUAGAGCAACUCUCUCCUUUCUUUUGGAACAGCUUAUAUAGUCCAGAAUGUUGGAUGUAACUUAAUUCGUAAAAACAAAGGAUGAAGAUAGGACACAGUUAUCCUAGGAGUGAAAGUGCUGAAAUGUACUGCAUAUACAGGUGCUGCACUUUACAGUUUGCAAUGUGUGUUUACAGACAUUAUCUUAUUGGAUCUUUAUACAAACCCUAAGAUGAGCAAGGCAAGGAUUACCAUUCCCAGUUUGCAGAUGAGGAAACUGAGGUCCAUAGAUGGAACGUGACUAGCCUUAAGUUACUCAGUGAUGUAGGGUGAAUAGCAAGUCCUCUCUAAUUUCUUGAAAAUUUGAUGUUCUGGAAGACAAUGUUUUUGAGUAAAG